CCCCCACUCCCUCACACGCACACACACACACUCUCAUCUCUCUCCUCCGCCAGCGCGCGCACCAACCACCUCCCCAGCAAUGGCCGCCGCAGAUGCAGGAACCGCAGCAGCAGCCUCGACCGACCGAGGCGGGGAAGAAGGAGAUGGCGAGAGCGCCUGCUCCACGCCGUUCGUCAGCGCGCCGUCCAGCCCCACCACCCGCGACGCCCCCUCUUCUUCCGCCUCUUUCCCCUACCACGGCGCCGGUGGCUUCUUCAGCGCGCCCACCAGCCCCACCCGCGGCAAGGGCCUGGGCCUGGACUUCGACUUCGACUUCUCGUCCCGCUUCCCCUCGCCGUCCGCCGCCGCCAUGUCCUCCGCCGACGAGCUCUUCCACAACGGCCAGAUCCGCCCCGUCCCACGCCUCUCCGCCCUCCUCCUCCUCAACCCCGACCCUCUCCCGUCCAUGGACAGCAGCUCCCUGGAUUCCGCGGAAGCUUCUUCCGGCGGAGAGAGGGAGCGCGGGCGCGUGCGGGGCGGCGGCGGCGGCGGCGGCGGGCACCACCGCAAGUCCCGCUCGCUCUCGCCCUUCUCCCGCGCCGGCGCGCACUGGCGGUCCAGGUCGCCGGCGCCGGCGCCGGAGCCGGAGGAGGAGGCAGUCGAGACGACGUUGCCAUUGGCGACUCCCGCGGCUUCCCGCUCCUCGUCUUCUUCCUCCACGGCAUCCUCCGCGUCGUCGUCUUCGUCGGCCUCGUCCAGGGGCUCUUCUUCCCGGCGGUGGUGGAAAAUCAAGGACCUGCUCCUGCACCGGAGCAAGUCCGACGGCGGCAAGCCCAACAACAGCAGCGUACCGCAACACCCGUCCCCAUCCGCAGCAGCGCCCAAGAGGAGCCCGUCUCCGUCUCCUUCUCCGUCGCCGGCGGCGGCGGGUACGAGGGGGAGAGCGGCGGUUAAUGGGAGGCGGAGGAGGACUGCGCACGAGCGGCUGUACGAGGCGAGGCGGGCGGAGGCGGAGGAGAUGCGGCGCCGGACGUACCUGCCGUACCGCCAGGGGGGGCUGCUCCUCUUCGGCUGCAUCGGCCUCGGCGGCAGCCAUCGCACCGGCGCCGCCGCUGUCCAUGGCCUCGCCCGCGCCGCCGCCGUCUCCUCCAGGUCAUGAAUCAACGGCAUCUCCAUAGAUCACUAAGAUCUCAGCUGCAGCAGCUGCUGUUCUUGGAGCUAUGGCAAUGGCAAUGCUGGGAGGAACUGCAGAAAUCUGCAUAGAAAACCCAUAGUAUCAGUAGUAGUAGUAACCGAUCUAUAAUAGUCUCUUUGUUGUAUGGAUGGAUUUUGGAUUUUGGAUUUUGGCUUUUGGGAUGGAUGUAAAACGGGCUUGUUUUAUCUAGUGAUGAUGAUAGUUAGUACUGUAGAGAAAAAUCAGUACUGUUAUGUUUGAGCUGCCGAGACUGAAGCAAAAAUUUAAUCAGCAACCAGCUGAUCUUUUGCUACUCUGAAUGUUGUUCUGAUUGUUGUUAACCAUGAAAAUGCAACUUUUUUUA